AUGCUCUUAACUUCAUCACCGCCGAUGUCUCCACCUGUGCCGCUUGAGGAAAACCCAGCUAAACCCAGUCAAGCUUUUGUUCGAUUCCUCAUGGUCUUUUUGAUUAUUCUUAUGGGGUCACAGUACACAUAUGGGGUUUUCGUUCAUUCCGCCUUUCUCAGCAUGCAGUUUGCUGGUUCAGCUCUUCUGUUUCUCAGUGCUGCUGAGAGUUAUUGGUGGAUUGUCUUCGCUAAAAAAUCAAAUCAUCAAGGAAUCCGUCUUCUUUCGCGAACGGCUGGAACCAUCUUCUACAUUGCUUGCUUGUUCCUGAACUUGACUCAUUGUUUAGAAGACAUAAGCGAUAUCAACGAUUCUGGACAUACUGAACAUUCAAAUGAGACAACAGAAGCAUUGACAGACAGUGCAGGGACUAUCGGAGCAUUGUUUGAGGAAGCAGGUCAUGGACAUGGAAUUAAUUCUCUCAUCCUAUGCGGCUCCGUUGUCGACCUUGCCAUCAAAACAGCUUUCGCCUUUUCCUACAACUCUUUGUCAAUUCACUUCUUCGGAAAUUUCUUCGUCAUGGUCUCCCCACCACUUUUAACACUUGCCGUUUACGCUCAUCAGCUUCGUGAAGUGGAUCUCUUCGGUGACUGGCUAGAAGAUCAUUUGGAACCAAGUGCUACUAUAGUCCUGACUGUUAUGUGCAUCUCAAUUUCUUUUUGGUCAUUGAGUAAAAAAAAACAAUUUUUGCUGGCUGAGGGACCAAAGAAUUUUGAGAUCGACAAAAUAAGCAAAGCAGUGAAGUCGAAAAAUGACCGUUUGGAGAAAGUGGACCACGUGCAUGCCAGUUGUGAGUGGCCAGAAGGAUUUACGGUGUCACUCAAGGCAUACAUCAAGGUGGAAAAAAGCAAAAAAGACUGGGUCUCCCGUGCCGCCGACGACUAUUCCCAGCUGAAGAGUCUCCUCCAUCAAGAAAUCAAAUCGCAAGGCGCCAAAGAAGUCAUCGUCGAGCCGGUGUUUGUUGAUCAACGUGAAAUGACCGACUUCGUCGAUCCCAUCUGUAUUUCUCCCAGCUGCCAUAACGAGAAUGUUGGUUGCUGCACCAUUCCGAAGCCAGUCGGAGAAGCUUAA